AUGAAUGACUGUGACGAUGAUGAUGAUGACGACGAGAUAAUAAUAAAUAAAGAUGAUAAAGAUGAUAUUUUCGCUUGUAUAUAUCCUAGUACAACUAGUGCACUCUAUAUCGAACACAUCUUUGAAGGUGUAUUGGCACCACAACUACAAACAAUCAUCAACUUUAUAUCAGGUACGAUUGGACAGAGACCUCAAUUUAUUAAAGCUGGAAAGUUGAAGUUUGUAUUUCAAUAUAAUGAUUACAUUAAUAAUAAUCAAAAGAAUUCAGAUUUAUUAUGGUUUGUUUUGGUAUCAGACGAUGAUGAUUCAGAAACGUUGCUUCGUAAUAGAUUGACACUUCUCAAUCAUCUCUAUUCAAUGGUGUUGGGAAACCAACUGAUCGACAGAAAGAAUGGAGUCAAGAUCAAUAUGAGAGUACUCAAACAAAAGAUGUCUACCAUUUCAGCAACUGUCAAUGCACUCUUUGACGAAUCUCAAAGUGUCCUAUGUCAAGCUUUCGAGUACUUAGAAUUAAAUGAAAGAAUUCGUACUCGUGUAUCACAUGCUCUAACUGAUCUAUUAAAUGAAUAUCCUCAAACAUCUUAUGCAGCCAUUUAUAUUGGUCAAAAAUUAAUCACCUUUCAUUGUAAACAAAAACCUCAUCUUCAAAACUUUGAUUUAUUCCUUUUAUCUAUUUAUUGUCAAAUUCAACUUAAACCAAGAGAAAGAUUUACUUAUAAAAGAGAAGAAGAUGAAAUUUUGGAAGAACAAACAACACCAGCAUCGAUUGCACAGGAAAUAUCAUCAUUUGAAAAUGUAUCACCAAGAAAUUUAGAUGAAGGAAAUCAAAGUUUUAAUUCACCACCAACAGGUGGUCUUGGUGACGAUCGGUCAAGUGGAGAAGAUGAUAUGUUUGAAACGGCACCAGAGGAUUUUGAAGAGCCAAUAUCAUUUUUAGCUUCUCCAUUCCUUAGUCAAUUAAUAGAUGAUACCAAUAACCAAAAUUCAGAUAAUAUCCCUACAUUAUCAAAAUCAAAGAGACAUAAAUUAUCAAUAUUGAUGGAUUCAUUAAAAGAAGGAGUUAAAUCAUCAUCACCACCAGAAGCCAUAUCAGUUUUAAAUUACUCACUUUUAUUUAUUGGGUAUAUGGAAGAUACUUUAUCAAAGGAAAUGUACACUUCAAAUACAGAGUUUGCCAUUAAAAAGUUCCAACUUGACAAUGGGUUCCCUGAAACUGGUAUUGCAGAUUUCCCAACAAUGAAAUCAAUACUUUAUAAAGUUAAAAAUUCACCUGUAAAUAUCUUAAAAAAGAAAGAAAGAAAUUGA